UUGUUCUGAGUUCUCACAACUUGCUACUGGUCACUGCUAAUUACGUAUCAAGUGCAAACUGCCAAGAUAAAAACUAAAAAAUAUUAUAAAAUAUGCAUGAAAUAGAUAUACAAUUAAUUUAUAGAUAAAUUGAAAUUAUAAAAAUGGAAUUUACAAGUUUAAUUGUUCCUCUAACGACAAAUAUGUGUCGGACAUGUUUAGUAGAGUUUGAUUCAAACGACGCCACCAUGUUCAUGAAAAUACAGGAUCUCAUUGAACAUGAGAACAUAAAAAUCAAAUUAAUUGAUAUAUUGGUUUUUCUCAAUUGCUUGGAGCAUAAUGAUGAAGAAAAUUGGCCUCAAGGCAUAUGCUCUUCAUGUGUAGCUACAGCUAUAAUGGCUUAUGGUUUCAAGCUCAGCUGUUUGAAAGCUAAUGCUACUCUCACCCAAAUUCUAUCUAUACAACCUCAACUUCCACUGAGUUCUGAUUUAGAUAAUAUUGACAUAAAUGUUGUUUAUCAAGACCAUGAAUAUGAGCUACCAUUUUUUAGCAGUCAGUCGGUUUUGGAUUUUGAGUCCAACUUGCCUGUAAAUAAAGAACUGACUCCAUUACCCCCGGUAACUGAGAUAACAGCUACGGAACACCCACCAAGAACAGUUGGUGAUAAAAAAUAUGCAUGUUCCUUUUGCAACAAAUCCUUCACAAGGAUAUUUAGUUUAAGGUAUCACAUGGCCAAGCAUAGUGGUUUCCAGAAAUAUUUGUGCCCUAAAUGUGGCAAAAAAUUCUACACAAACAAUGGAUUGAAUCAACAUCUUAUUUCCCAUAAAGAUUCUCAAUUUAAAUGUGGAUUUUGUAACAAAACAUACAAAACUAGACAAUCAUUGAAAGAGCAUUUCAGGUUAGCACAUUCAAACAACCGAUAUUCAUAUAUAUGUGUAACAUGUGGUAAACAAUUUACAGUUAAAUCCUCACUUAUGAAACACACAAAAAUUCAUACUGGCCAAAAACAAUUUUCAUGCCCUCUAUGUCCAAAAACCUAUACUAGGGCUUCCUAUUUGAGAAGUCAUAGCCUAAUUCAUACUGGUGAGCUAAAACCUAAACCUUUUCAGUGCACUUAUAAUGAGUGUAACAGAAGUUUUUCUAGUAAACAUUCACUAUUAGUACACUUUGCCUAUGCUCAUUCUACUGAAAGACCACAUAAAUGUGACAUUUGUUCUAAAGGAUUUGCUACUUCAUCAGGCUUAAGAGUCCAUAAAGAAUCACAUGAGGGAAGUAAAGAAGUAACAUGUAAGAUAUGUCGAAAAAAGGUUUCAAGCCGAAGGGUUUUACAAAAACACAUGAGAAUUCAUCAAGAAAGUCAAUAAGAAGGCUAUGAGUAUGAUGCAACUUCCAGUAGAUUAGGCUUCAGUCUGAGUAUUGUUAUUUCUAUUCUUAAGCUGUAUGAAUCAAUAAAGACAUGAAGUGAU